ACCACACACAUCAACAAAUGGGUGGGAGCGAGCGGGUAGAGAUGUUUUGGUGAGAAUCGAUGUGUGUUAGUUUGUUUGUUUGUUUAUUGCGAAUGGAUUCGCACCUGCUGUCGUUUCCUUCGUCGUUGGUUAAGACGGCAGGGUAUUGGAGGCUUGCUGGGUGUUAGUGACAGUGAGCUUACAAUUGGGUUGGGUUGGCAUUGCGGUUGAAUUUUCGAAGGGGAUUUCGUUGUUGUUGGGUGUUGUGAAGGAGAGGCGUUGUAAUUGGUGCUUCUGUUUUUGGAGUUAUGAAGUUGGGUAUCGUGCGGGUGAGAGUGUCGUCGCAUUGCGAGUAGAUAUGUGAGUCGAGGUCCAAUUUUCAGCUUCGAGGAUGAGCAGGGCGUCGGUGGGCUUGGCAUCAAGCUGCCUUUCGCUUAAGCAUGCUAGAUUCGCUGGACUAAACCUUGGGGGUGGCCUUAGGGUUAGGGCUUAUGCUAAACCCCGUGUCAGUUGUGUUGCGUACGAGAGAGGGGAAGAGGUAGAUAAAACCAGGAGCAAAAAGAAAAAUGUGUCCGAUUUUGGACCUUCAUUGGCACGUGGGAGGCGAUUACCACUCCUGCAAUUUGAAACAUCUCAGCAGGACUCCAACAUAUUGCAAGAAACUCAAUGGGCGCGUAAGAAAGCUGAGUUAGAAUUCGGUACUCAGGUAGACGGGGCUCUUGCAGAGAGCAUUAUACGUUCUGAAUAUGAUCAACGGAGCUGUAACGCUUUUAUUGAAACCAAUCUUCUUAACGCGAAAGAGGUUGUUGAGAAGCUCGUGAAGGAGGAUGGGACAGUGAAGAAGCAUCUGAAGUUUGCAGAGCUUGACAGGGAGAGUUUUACUCGAGUGUUUGAAGUAGCAGCGGUUCGUGUCCCGGCCGAUUGGUGCGGAGUUUUUGUGCCAAGUCUUCAAGGACAUCUUCUGAAUUGGCCCCGUGUGAAGAAUGUACCAAGAGUAGAGGGUGAUGAUGGGGAUGCGGCAUUGAAGUCACUACUGUGGAAGGACGAGCAAGCUCUUCAGACCACUCAAGGCCUGGUUGAGUCUGUAAUUUCUGCGGUAUAUCCUGAAGAGCCUGACCUAGAUGGGGAACAGGCGGACAAGAUCAAGAAUAAACGGAGGCUGCCGAGUCUGCGGAAGCUGACUCGUGGGGUCGACAGUGCUUUAGUUCAAUCCAUUAAGUCUCCCAAGAGAGGGCUAUCCGAGCAGCCAUUAGUUCGAGGCAGGGAAGAGGGAGCUGUAAGCGUUAAGAUUGUUGGAGAGUGUCAAAAUUCUCAGAACCAUGAUAAUGAACCAAGAGAUGCAUGGCGGCUUUUGCUACUGGACGAGAGGUACAAUGACACGCCUAAUGAUGAGCUCCCGCAGGCUGUACAGGCGGUUCUUGCUCAUCCUGGAUGCGAGCUUGUGCGCUGCGAGCUGACUUUAACAUACGACUAUUGGCCGAUGGAUGAGAUCUUGAAGGAAGUCUUACCGCCGGGUAUGACUACCCCCACUGCUUUUGAGACUGUGGGCCACAUAGCUCAUCUCAACUUGCGGAACGAGCACAUACCUUAUCGUCACGCAAUAGCUCAGAUUGUUUUGGAGAAAAACAAGCCAAGAAUCCGAACAGUAGUGAACAAGACCGAUGUAAUACACAACAAGUACCGAACCAUGCAACUUGAGCUUCUUGCUGGAAAUAGUUCCCUUAUUACAACUGUUGUGGAACAUGGGUUGUCUUUUCGUCUCGAUCUUGCAUCUGUCUAUUGGAACUCCCGAUUGGCCACCGAAAGGCAACGGCUUAUCGAUACAUUUAACGAGAAUGACAUCGUAUGUGACAUGUUUGCCGGUGUUGGACCCAUUGCUAUUGUUGCAAGCAAGAAGGUCAAAUUUGUGUAUGCUAAUGACUUGAACCCAGCUGCUACUACCUACAUGCACCAUAACUUACGCUUGAAUAAGUUAGCCUACAAAGUAGAGGUGAGCAACGACGAUGCUAGGCAAUUUGUGCGUAACUUACUAGCCAGGAACCCGCCUGUGCUCUUUACCCAAGUGGUCAUGAAUCUGCCUCUGGAUGCAGCCGAGUUCUUAGAUGUGUUCGUCCACGCCUUCUCAAGGGACGUUUGGGAGAGACACACUCUGCCCCACAUCCAUGUCUACGGUUUCUCUAAAGCCAAAGAUCCCGAGGCUGAAUACUCUGAGAGAAUAGCUGAUGUUCUGGGGGAAAUGCCUCACCCAAUUCACAUCCAUCGAGUUCGACUUGUGGCUCCAGGAAAAUACAUGCUCUGCGCCUCCUUUCGUCUUCCUGCUAAUGUCGCAUUCCCUAGAGGAUCGACCAUACGAGAAUAUGCUUAGUUGCUACUUCAGUUUCUAGCAAACGCAUUUGCGAAGUGAGCUGUACAUGAAAAAGUGGACAGUUCAUUUCCAGUUGACUAGUAUCGACGGUAUACUAGUUUGAAAUCAGUUGUAAAGGCUAAACUCCUCAAUUUUGCUUAUGAGACCAUAGAACUGGUACAAGCUUACCACUA